AAACAAACAAAAAAACUGCAAAAAAUUCUGGGUUUUUUUUUUUAAUUUCUUGUUUUCUCUGAAACCAUGGGAGGGAUCUCGGGCUUUCUUAUGAAGUUUCCCCCUUUGCUCCACUUUGUCUCGUCUCUCCUCGAAAGAAUCACCAUCAAAUUGCCUAUGCCGAUCGAGAAACUAGUUCAUCGCGUUUCUUAUCCUCGCACCGGCAGACACUUGCAGCGCUAUAAUAAUAGAGGCUUCCGAUUAGUUGUUGGCUGCAUUCCGUACAGGUAUAGGAGAACAGAAGAAGCGAACUCUGUUGACGAAGAAGCUAUUGAAGUUCUUGUGAUUAGUGCGCAGAAUGGUAAAGGACUGUUGUUCCCCAAGGGCGGUUGGGAGAAGGAUGAAUCCAUGGAAGAAGCAGCCAUUAGAGAGACGCUCGAGGAAGCCGGUGUUCUCGGCGAUAUUGAGUGUAAAUUGGGUAAAUGGUCUUACAAGAGCAAAAGGCAAAGUAUAUUCCAUGAAGGCCACAUGUUCCCUUUGCUUGUCAAGCAAGAGCUAGAUCGAUGGCCCGAGAAAAACAUUCGAAAGCGGGAAUGGGUGACAGUGUCGAAAGCUAGAGAGGAAUGCCCGCAUUUGUGGAUGAAAGAAGCCUUGGAAGAGUUGGUUUGCCGCCAUACGCUGAAGGAGGGAGUCAAUGAAUCAGCUUGUAAGUAGAAACAAUGGAGUUGGUUGGUUCUUUGAAUUUGUGAGAGUAGGAGAAAUAGAUCAGUGUAAAUAAGGAGGACAUCAUCAAACAACUAUUUUUUCGUUCUUUUGAGUAGGUAGAA